AAGAAAAAGUUGUAUAAAGCCACGCAACAAAGCUUUGUCCACAGAAACCAGCCUCACGUUUUUUUUUUUUUUAUUUGAAUCCGAAAAUGUCAGCCACUCUCGCCGUCCGGCCGAACCGUAUCGCCGCCGGUUCGCCUUUUCCCCAACCACCGGUUCGGAGACUUGGACCGCCAGCUCAUAUCCGCAAACUCAGUGAGAAAAUCGAGCCCUGGCGAGGCUUAAUCAUUCCGUCGCGGUGGCGCACGUUAGCUAACAACAACAAGACCAUGGUGGUUGUCCGAGCAGGCUCCAGAGCCGACGACUCGUCGGCGCCGUAUGAGAUGUCCGUUGAGAACGCACUUAAGCUCCUUGGAGUCUCCGAAGGUGCUUCGUUCGAAGACAUACUUCGAGCUAAGAACUCGAUCCUCGCCACUUGUAAAGAUGACAAGGAUACGAUUGCACAGGUUGAGGCUGCAUAUGACAUGUUACUUAUGCGGAGCUUGACACAGAGGCGUGCCGGGAGGGUUGUAAAUAGUAGCAUUCGAUAUGCUGAUGUUAAGCCUGUAAAUUCUCCAGGGAUGGGAUCAAUGCCUCGUUGGCUGCAGGCUACCAUGAAGAAUCCACCUAUUUCAGUUGAAACACCAUCAAGGGGUGAUUUGGGCAUACAAGCCGGUGUUUAUGGAGCUUUGAUGGUUUUAACUUAUGCCAAUGGAACUAGCACAACGUCUGCUGUGCCAUAUGCUGGGGCUGAUGUUCCUGGACUGAUAUUGGCUGGUAGCUUUGGAGCUUCCUUGUACUUCAUGACCAAAAGGAAUGUUAAGUUAGGCAAGGCUACCAUAAUAACCGUUGGAGGGCUUGUUGCUGGUGCAGUUGUGGGGUCAGCGGUGGAGAACUGGUUACAGGUGGACAUUGUUCCUUUUCUUGGUCUACAUUCCCCUGCUGCCGUAGUGAGCGAAUUUGUUCUUUUCUCUCAAUUCUUGGUUUCACUUUGUUUGAGGUAGAGCUAAGAGAAGAUUGUAAUUGUAAGUUUACCACUGAAAUCUGUAAUUAUUCAUUUGCAUGAUCAUGCCCAAUCUUUUGUUUUUUUCUUAGGAUGUGUAUCAGUGCAUAUUGUACAAAAGUACAAUAGAAGUUAGUGAAACUUACAUUAUUUUGAAAAUUUGCUUGAAGUUAAUGACAUUUUAGACCAUUGGUAAGCUAUUAAGCUGAA